GACGCAGGAACCAUCACUGAUGUGUGUAACAGCACUGACUUGGCUGAGGUGGAGAUUAUUAGCCUGCUGGAGGAGCAGCUGCCUGUGUAUCGGCUGAGAGCUGACUGUGUGUAUGGCUAUGACCACGACGACUGGCUGCACACGCCUCUCAUCUCGCCCGACGUACGCAUCGACCUGACCGACGAACAGAUCGAGGAGACGCUCAGCUACUUCUUGCUAUGUGCUGAACGAGUGGGCCAGAUGACUAAGACAUACAAUGACAUUGAUGCGGUGACUCGACUUUUGGAGGAGAAAGAGCGUGAUCUGGAGCUGGCUGCUCGGAUUGGUCAGUCCCUCCUGAAGAAGAACAGAGUUCUGAGUGAACAGAAUGAGUAUCUGGAGGAACAAGUGGGCUCCAUUAGAGAGGAGGUGGCUCAGUUGCAUCAUGAGUUGAAUCUAAAGGAUGAGCUCCUGCAGUUCUACACCAACACUGCGGAGGAGAGUGAGGAAGAAGCCAACUCUCCAACGUCACGGAACAAGGUGAUGUCAUCUGUUCUGAGUGGUUCUGCUCUGGAUGUCCUUCAGAGAAAACUUAGAGACCUAGAGGAAGAAAACUUAUCGCUCAGAUCAGAGGCAAGUCAUCUGAAGUCAGAGACAGAGACAUAUGAGGAGAAAGAACACCAGCUUGUGAAUGACUGUGUUAAUGAGCUCAGGCAGUCCAGUCUCCAGAUCUCCUCAAUAGCAGAGGAGUUAGCCAGGAAGACUGAAGAUGCCUCACGGCAACAGGAAGAGAUCACACACCUCCUAUCACAGAUAGUGGACCUACAAAAAAAAGCCAAAACGUAUGCAGUGGAGAAUGAGGAGUUAUCUCAGCAUCUCUGUGCAGCCAAAGAUGCUCAGAGGCAGCUCACAGCCGAGCUGCAGGAGCUGGAGGAGAAGUACUGUGAGUGUCUGGAGAUGUUGCAUGAAGCUCAGGAGGAGCUGAAGAAUCUGCGGAACAGGAGUGUGUCUGCAGGCACGCCCCGACGCUGUCACCCCCUCGGCCUUUUCCCCAUGGACUCUCUGGCAGCUGAGAUUGAAGGGACCAUGAGGAAAGAGUUUAGUCAGACUGAACCUGAGUCUGAAAUACACAAGAUUCAUCAUAAACGUGUGUUUGAGACAGUUAAGAACAUCAAUCAGUCCGUCAGGCAGCGCGCUGUGGUCCCGCCCACUGCAAACAUCCCAGGAUCCAAUCAGUCACUGUCGUCCUCCUCUGACAGGAGUGGUAGUACACUGGACAAUCGGGCACAGAGCCUGCUCCUUGAGACUGGAGCCACUGAGACAAGUGUGGACACCCCUGAGAAACGCUCAGGGUCUGAGGACCUGAAGCUGGCCCUGCGCCGGCUGUCCCUACGGCGACAGAACUGCCUGAGCGAGCGGCGUUUCUUUGAGGAGGAACGAGAGCGGCGUUCGUCUGGGUUCCAGGACGGGGGCCUGCGUAUCGGGGGUCUCGUGCCCAGCGAGAGCAUCAUGUCCCUGGGCACACUGGUGAGCCGGCCGUACCUCCCAGACAAGCUGCAGAUCGUCAAGCCCCUGGAAGGGUCGGCAACCCUGCAGCAGUGGCAGCAGCUGGCCCAGCCGAACCUGGGAGGCAUUCUGGACACCCGCCCCGGCGUGGUCCCGAAGGGUUUCCGUCCGCUGGAGCUGGACCUCGAUGAGGUGUACCACUACGCAGACUACGAAGAGGACGAGCCAGGGGAGCAGUAUUUCCAGAACCUUCCUACCACGACAACACCCAAUCCCAUUUUAAUUCCCUCUUUGUGUCACUGUGUUGCAGUGUAUUACCCUGGCAAAUGUAUGGCCCAUACCAGCUCCACUUACACCUUCACCACCUGCCGAAUCAUGCAUCCAUCUGAUGAGAUCACCCACGUCACUCCCAGUUUGAACCCAGUGCCCACCUCCAGUGUGAUGUCUGGCAGUCUGAAGUCCACGCCUGCAGCCACACCCUGUACUCCACGUCGCAUGAGUCUCUCCCAGUCCCAGUCCUUCACCAACCUUCGGGACUCCACCAAAACGUUCAGCACCUCCCUGGGGCUGGUCCGCCUCCUGCAGGAGAGAGGCAUAUCUGCCGCUGUUUACCAGCCUCAGAGCUGGGACAGGGGGAGCGGAGGAGUCCUUCUCAGCACCUCUGUGGCCCCCUCCCCCAUCCCAGAUCCCCAGAGGCCCACCACACCACCUAACUCUCCCACGCGGCGUACCCCGAGCCCGGGCGCAGCCAUAGACGAAGACUCAUCCGAGGCCUUCUCCUUCAAGAGUCCAUCAUAUGAGAACUUCCUGGCUUCAAAACCGGCGCGCUCCAUUCUGAAGGAAGUGGUGGGGGCGUCAGGGCCCCAGGCGCGGGACUGCGAGAGCCAAACGGAUGUCAGCGUGUACAAUCUGAACCUGGUGGAUAAGCUGAAGCGCUUGGGGCUGGCCAGUCCGGGUUCCGGGACCACAGGAGCAGCGAUUCCCAGGCCGGCUCCCAUCCUCGGGCCUCUUGGUGGGCUGCGGAGGCCAGGCUCACCGUUUGCUCCUCUGAAUGAGGGGAUGAGGCGGAACCGCAGCUAUCCGGCCAUGGUCGGGGCCAGUAUGGCCAUGAAAGGACCAGGCCCCCAAGACUCUGAGAUAAUGCUGGCACCCAAACUACCCAAACAAACUAGCCUCAAAUAA